AUGCCGCACUCGGACGAUAUUGAGCCGGAGAUCCCACCCAUGCGCCGGUCGGGUCGUUUGAUUGCCGCCGCCGCCGCCGCUGCUGCCGCCGCCACCACACCCACGGCCCGGUCCUCUGCCGAGCAGCUUCUUGCUGCUCCGUCUCGUCCGGCUGCCCCAUCUCGCCCCGCCAAGCGCCUUCGCACCACUCCCAAGGAUGCCAGCCUUUCGCUGGUGAAGGAUGAGCCCGGCGGCCAUGUGAAUGGGCCUUCGCAGUCCCUGCCGAGGCUGCUCCCCGUGGGCGGAGAUCUACGCGCCGGAGCCGGGGACAUUGCCCUGGCCAGUGAUAGCCGCGACUGGCGGGCGGCCAUCAUCGAGAGCCCAGGAGCGGUGUUCAGCCCGCCUGUCGGGGCGACUGCCAUCGCCGGUGUCAGUGUCAAAGAGUGGCACCAGCGCCUGCCACCGGCCCGCUGGCGUCGGGUCAUGCUUGCCCUGGCCGAGCAGCGCGUGGCCCUGCCCCGAGCGCCGGUCGACGUGGUAGGGUGUGAGCGUCUGGCUGAUCACACGGCCGAGCCGCGGCAAAAGCGCUUCGAGCACCUGAUCGCCCUGAUGUUGAGUGCGCAAACCCGGGACCCGGUCACCGCACAGGCCAUCUACAACAUGCGCAUGACUGGCUUGCUAGAUGUCUACCUUUUGGCCUCCGGGGCCGAUCACACCUUCCCGGCUGGCGAGCAGCCCUCACCGAGGUCCUUUCCAGAGGCAGCGGUUUCGAUGAAACUCGAGCCGGAUGGCAGCCUGCCUGCGGAGGAAAUGUCACCCUUUUUCCCCACCAGCACCGGCAUCAAGCCAGAGGCCCAGGCAACUCCGGGCCCCGAGGCCGAUGUGCAUGACCGUCUGUUGAAGGCCAUCCAACCGGUGAGCUUCUUCCGUCGGAAGGCCGAGUAUAUCCUCCGAACAUGUCGCAUUCUGCGGGAUGACUAUGCUGGGGAUAUCCCGUCCACAGCUCAGGCCCUUCAAACUCUUCCCGGCGUUGGCCCCAAGAUGGCACACCUUUGCAUGCAAUCUGCCUGGGGCGACUUCUCAUCAGGCAUCGGCGUUGAUGUUCAUGUGGCCCGGAUCACCGGACGCCUGGGUUGGCAUUCCUUCCAGCAUAGCGAGCCUGAGAAGGUCCGCCAGGUAUGUGUCCUUUUCCUUCGAUCCCAUGCCUGAUUUCUCCGCCCACUCUUCCGCUCCCUCACCUGUCUCUCUCUCUCUCUCUCU